CCGGGGUUCACACAUUAGUCGAUUGUAUUGCAGAGUGGUUCAAGAUCAUUUGGCUCGAAACAGACGCAGAAUUCGAUUGGAGCGCUGUCGGUGAAAGGUACAUACUGAACGUACAGUACAGUGUACCAGAAGUCGCCGAUUGUCUGUCAGGUCGAGUAGGUUUACAGUACCCGACACGUGCACGAUGGCCAUAAUCUGGACAAUAUUGGCAGUUUUUCUGCUAAAAGCUACAACAGUAAUCCAAUGUCAGCAAUAUAGUGAAGAGCAAGCGUCGCGAUGCCCGGAAAAGUACGGCGAACAGACAUACCCGCACCCCGAAUUGUGUGACCAGUUUUAUCUAUGCAGUAACGGAACUUUGACUCUUGAACAGUGCGGCAACGGUCUACUAUAUGACGGCAAGGGAGCCGCUUACCAUCACUGUAACUACCAUUGGGCUGUUAAUUGUGAUAAACGCAAAGCCGACCUUGUAGCUAUCAGCUCUCCUGGAUGUGACUAUCAAUUCGGUUUGUUUUCGGACGGUAGCGCUUGCAGCACCAACUACGUGAAAUGCGAACACGGAGAAGCGUAUUCUCUCCCUUGUGAACCCGGAUUAGCCUAUGACGACAGGAUCAAAAAAUGCAACUGGCCAGAUGCGUUGGUCGAUGUAGGAUGCAACCCAGCAGAAAUUAUCGGAUUCAACUGCCCGGAAAAAGUCGACCCGUACUCGGUAUCUGCUAAGUUCGAACCUUAUCCGAGAUUCGCUCUCCCUGGCGACCCUCACCGACUUAUAACAUGCGUUAAUGGCUAUCCCAGGCUGAUAUCUUGUGGCGAGGAUAGCAUUGUCGACGAAUCGUCAUUAACAUGUGUGGAACAAGAGUCUCGUUACAGAAACAGAAAUUAAAUCUUACCCUUAAUCCACUUGUGCCAUGUUUAUAACAUAUUACAUUCGACUCUACGGCGUACAAAAUAUUGUACAACCUUCGACAGUAUGACAUACAGCAACUCCCUUACUCAUACUCUAACAUUUAUACAUAUAUGUUUAUUUUGGAUUAUUAUACCUGAAAAAUACAUUUGAUAAAUUGUUUUUUAA